UCCCAUAACAUAACACGCAGUCGGUGUUGGAGACGCGAGUGCCAAGUAAUACAGCAACGAGGCUGCCGCUCGACACUUGGUAUUCGAUUGAGAUAAUCUACUCGUAAGUCCGUGAAAACCGAACGAUGAAGCACGAUAAUCACUAAGUAUUGAAACUUUUUAGGUUAGGUCACUGGUCUCCGGCUCUGUUUACAAGUGAUUCGUCGUGACUGUCAAGCGCUGCGGUGGAUCGGUUUUUAAAUAUCCGACUCCACGAUUACAAGCCACCGAAACAAAACAUUGAAAGUUAGUUACGUAGGAUAGACCCGAGCGCAAUCAUGCAGCAGCCUCAGCAGCAGCCACCGCAACAGCAGCAACAGCAGACGCAGCAGCCGGCCAACUGCCUGCAGAUGUUCUCCAUGGAGUCCAUGUACACGAUCAAGGACCGUUCCCAGACCAAGUCUAACCUUCUCGACGACGGCGGCCACUCGGGCAGCGGCGGUAUCUCGAACGACGACGACGGCGCCCUGUGCUCGCUGUCCUGCCGCAACCAGCUGGCGUUCACGCGCAUCGUCGAUAUCGACAAUGUCGGCGUCAAGAGCUGGGGCUAUCACGUCUACGUGUGCGACAUCAACUCGCCCUGGAACGCCCACAAGGUGCUCACCAACAAGAGCAAGAUCUCGGCCCUCAAGUGGGAUCUGACCGGCGAGAAGCUCGCCGUGAGCGAUUACGACGGCCACGUGCAGCUCUGGACCUUCAAGGAUUAUCUGCGCAACGAGUGGAUGCUCGUCGGCUCGCAUCACUUCGCCGGCGAGCACAUCAUGGGCAUGGUCUGGUUUCACAAUGGCAAAAAGACCCAGCUGGUCAGCGAGAAAAAGGACAGUCCGCAGUACAGCGAAAAGUUCACCAAUUCCCCUUACGCCCCAUCGGUGAAGCAGUUUGGCGGCAGAGCUGCCCAGGGUGUUUUUGUGGUGUCGAACACGGGCAUGCUCGGUGCAGUGCUGAUAAAUCAAGACGCGCCUCACGCUACUAUUUGUGCUAGCGAGAGCAUUGGAAUUACUCGUCAAAGAAUAACAGCUGUUGAUAUAAGCUACGCUAGGAAUGGUCAGUUUCUAAUAGCCAUCAGCGGAGGUAGUGUUGCUCUGCCUAUUAGAUGUUACAGUGUAUCUGUUAGAAAGAUUGACGAACGAUGUAGCAUAACGUCGCAAGCUUUACCAAGUUUCUUUGUACAAGACAACGAAGCUCAGGGAAGUACACCAGUGAUUACAAAUUUAAAGUUUGUGUCGUCUGAAAAAGUUGAUACAUUAAUUGUGGCAGCCAAUAAUAUGGGCUGUGGAUGGAUUGAACUGUGGGAAUUAAGUGAAAAAACACAUACAGUGCACAAAAACUUUCAGGCCAAGACUUCUGAUAUUUUCAAAACAGUAUUUUGGCAGCAUCAAGCUACACAUAGAUGUAAUCAUGCAAUUACAGCAAUCACAACGACUAAAUUACCUAUUAUACCAUCUACAAGUUAUAUUUUAGUAGCUUUAUCUGAUUUGUCUAUCCAGUGCUUUAGCAGUGACGGUUUGAAAGGCAUUGCAGCUACAUCUUUAAAUAAUCAUAACUACUAUAACGAUCCUCUGCCAAAACGUCAGAAAAGUUCUUCUUCUAUAGCUUGCAUUGACAUGUCUUGGCUAGGAUGUGCAUUUGCAAUUAUCAAUACCAGUGGAACAAUUCAUUUGUAUAAGUUAUUCCCUGAAAUAACACAGAUGACAUUGAAUCAUGCUUGUACUCUAUUGGAGUAUUCCAUGAUUACAGGUAUUGAUUGGCUAGAUCUUAUAUUAUGCAUAAAAACAGGUAUUGAAAGUUUAGCUGACCGUUUUGAAGCUUCUUUUAAUCGACAACCAAUUCAAGUGCAGCAGUAUUAUUAUCUUCAGUUCUUGUGUAUUAAAAGUUCUCUUUACAGAAUGCUAACAAAUGGUCAAGGUAAAGCAGCAGAUCUUUCUGCUUUAAAUAUGGUACAUUCAGUGGCAACCGCUUUUAAAUCAUUGUUGAGGCCUUCAGAUAGUUUUCAUGACAAAUUUCCAUCGGAGCGUUUAACUUCUGUAUUAACAGAAAAUAUCAUAAGUGAUGUUGAUAAAGUAUUGCUGCACAUAGAACCCAAAGAAUUUACAGUCGAACCUACAACCUUACAAUCAUUGCAGCAACUUAUGCAGUGGGUUGCAGAUCUAGCAUUGAAUUUAUUAGUACGCAUUCCAGAGCAAAGAAUGCAACUAAAAUCGAGUGGUUAUGAAUUAUUGAAAGAUCAUAAAGCUUUGAAUAUACUUCGUGAGUUAUUAGUUAUCAUUAGAAUAUGGGGGCUGCUAAGGAAAUCUUGUCUUCCCACGUAUUCUAGAAGUGCUGAUAACAUAGAUGUUUUAGGAUUAUUGUUCCAACAUUUGUCAAAACUAGUGCAACUAGGAAAUGAAAACCAAUCAAUUGAUGAUCAAUUGAUUGACGAUUGUUGUCUUUUGCCUAAUCAAAUAAUGAUUCCUAUGGUGUGUCCAGUGUACAGUAUGACAGCAGUUGCUACGCCACACUUUUUCUUCCAGAAUUUGCCACUUCAACUAGAAUUUGGUGUAAAACCAGACUUGAAUUUUGUACCAGAACUAAAUCACAUAGAAGGUUGUAUGAGAUACAAUCAAGUUGUUGACGUUGUGAAACAUAUUUAUUUAGGAAAAAAACCUUCUACGGUCAAACAAUGUACAAGGUGCAGAGGUAAAUCUCAAGCUAAAAUUACAACGCGAACUGCUGCAAUAAAAGCUUGGGAGCAAAGAUGGUUAAGAAAGUGCCCGUGUGGUGGUAGCUGGGAAAUUUACACAGAAAAUCAAUAAUUUACUAUUUUUUCAUUUUUUUCUUUUCAACAUGAAGUCUACCCACUUGUAAAUAAAUUAUCAUUAAGAUAUAAUUGUUAAGGUUUUACAGAUUAAAAUUGUACAAAUGUGAAUUGUGCAUGUAUUAGCUACUUGUAUUAUAUUGUAUACACUCACUCAAGUGAGAUAGCGAAUAAAAAUGAAAUCAAUUUAUUAUCAUAAAUUUGAGUAAGAACAUUAUUUACAGUACCGAUGCAUCUUUCAUCGAUCGAACUUGGCAAAGUUUCGAAAUUUUGCGCCAUCCAAUUCUGCCACCCUAUCCGUGCAGAAACUCGCCGCUUACGCAGUCGUGAGUCUACCCGACCUCCUGAAUGGUGGCAGCUCGCGCAAAUAUUGCCUACAUUAUCGCGAAAUCUGAUAUGGAAAAGAGACAAGUUCGCAGUUACUUGCAUGUCGUCUGCCUGACCACCACAGUGGCUUGUUAUUGUUAUAUUUCACGACUAUUUCAGUAUUUUCAGAUCUUUUGUAACGUGCCGUGAUAUCGAGUUAUUAGAAGAGCAAGCAGC